UCAGUUAACCCCGUCCCCAGAAUAUUGCGGAAGUGUAUGGAAACGAGACUUAAUGGCAACAGACAAGCUCGGGCCAAAUGGAAAACCGACGGAAUUGUGAUUUUCACCACACAAACCAGCAAUAAUCUGUAGAGGAAAAGGGCAACAGCAGCACACAUUAGCAUUGACUCACUUCCAUGGAUUUAUUUUGACAGUAGUGCCAUCCCGUGGAUAUUGCGUUUACUUCCUUUGUUUUCAACAGGUUGAUGACUUUCCACUUUCUUUUUGUUCCUGGAAAGAUACCGAUCGUUUGAAUUGGAUUGAUAAAACUGCCAGUCAUAUAUUUACUGUAGGUAGCAUUUUUUUUAUGUGGCAUCAGAAUGAAGACUAGGUUUUACCAAGCCAGCCAGGCAUAGGAUUUGGUCGGUAUGCCUCAGUUACCAUCAGGAACUGCAUGCUGCAUCGAAAAAGGCUGCGUAUGAAAUUGAAAACGACAAAUAUGUGUGCCAUUUUCCGAAUCGUGUGACUGGCUACACUAUCUUUUUGGGGGGAAUAAGUUUUGAAACUGUAAGUGUUCUAGAGUUCAUCGAUGGCUACCGUGACGGUUAUGCAUUGUCAGCCAGCCCUGUGGAGACAGAGCUACAGAACUGCUCGCCUUGGCAGCUGUCAUCUACACACCACCAGCAGCCAUGCCUCUUCCAAGGACCACUACAAGGUCCUGGUGCUUGGAGGAGGAAGCGGUGGUAUCACCAUGAGUGCACGGAUGAAGAGGAAGUUUGGGGCAGAAAAUGUGGCUGUAGUGGAACCCAGUGAGAUGCACUAUUAUCAGCCCAUCUGGACACUGGUAGGCGCCGGUGCCAAAAGCUUGGCCUCCUCUGGUCGCCCCACUGCCAGUGUCAUGCCACCUGGUGUCAGGUGGGUGAAAUCCAAGGUUCAGGAGAUCAUGCCGGACACAAACACUGUGAAAACAGACAAUGGCAUGAAGAUCUCCUAUGAAUAUCUGAUAGUGGCUCUGGGUCUACAGCUCCACUAUGAGAAGAUUAAGGGCUUGCCUGACAUUGAAGAUUGGGUCAAAUUUAAGAUUGGUUCAAACUACUCUGUACAAACUGUGGAGAAGACGUGGAAGGCAUUAGAGAACUUCAAAGAGGGAAAUGCUGUGUUCUCAUUCCCCAACACUCCUGUGAAGUGUGCAGGAGCCCCACAGAAAAUUAUGUACCUGACCGAUGCUUAUCUCAGAAAGACAGGAAAAAGGUCUAAGGCAAAUAUUGUGUACAACACAUCACUGCCUGUGCUAUUUGGGGUCAAGAAAUAUGCAGACGCAUUGUGGGAGAUUGUGAAGAAUCGCAACAUCCAAGUGAAUCUCAGACAAAACCUCAUCGAGGUCCGGCCAGACAAGCAGCAAGCUGUGUUUGAAAACCUUGACAAGCCAGGAGAAACCAAAGUGUUUGAGUACGAGAUGCUUCACGUCACUCCCCCAAUGGGACCUGUCUCUGCGGUUAAAGAGUCCUCAUUGGCUGAUGGGGCUGGCUGGCUGGAUGUCAACAAAGAUACCCUUCAGCACAAGAGGUAUCCCAACGUGUUUGGGAUUGGAGACUGCACCAACCUGCCGACAUCCAAAACAGCUGCUGCAGUGGCUGCCCAGUCUAGUAUUCUGGACAGAACGAUUUCAAAAAUCAUGAAGAAUGAAAAGCCAGACAGAAAGUAUGAUGGUUACACUUCCUGCCCUUUGGUGACAAGCUACAACACAGUCAUUUUGGCUGAGUUUGACUAUGACGGACAACCAUUGGAGACAUUCCCUAUUGAUCAAAGCAAGGAGAGAAGAACCAUGUUCCACAUGAAAGCUGACGUUAUGCCCCAUCUGUACUGGCAUGGACUUCUCAAGGGUCUGUGGGGUGGACCAGGACCGUACAGGAAAAUCAUGCACCUUGGGAUGAAAUAGGAUCUCCAAUCAGUUCAGGAGUGCUGUUCCAGUCUUCUACAAUGUAAUAACCACUUAUAUUGUAUUUUAUUGUUUGUCGAUAAUGACUACAAUAACUACUUUACGUAUUGUAUACAAUUAAUCAAGAAACUGACAAAUCUCUAAGCAAAUCAGAUGUAUUACCUUCCUACCUUUGAUGUACCACAUGGCAUGAUGUGUUGUUAGACUUUUGGCCUGAAGGUGUCAAAAUAAUAUAAUGGAUUAUAUGUGGUAGAAUUUAUUAUAAUGGGAGAAAUGGCGAUUUCUCACAAUGCCUACAUUUCAUCAGUGGAUCAUUUAACCACUUUAUACUCCUUCACUACACACAGCUUUACCACUAAUGUUCCAAUCAGCCUGACACUGGCAUAUGUUCUUAUUUUUUCAUCCUUCUACCACUAACUGUGCUGUGAGCUACUUCACUGAGUAAAAUUAACUCACUAUUACUGGGUUGUGUGGUUGCACCAUUGAGCCAUCUUAAGAUGAAUGCAUCAAGUUGCUCUGGGUAUGAAUGUAAGUUAGAUUACUUCAAUAUGAACGCAGUACAAUUGUCACUGAGAAAUUAUAAUAAUUUGAUAUGAGCAGAUGUGUAUUUUUAAUAAAUAUCAACGUUGUGAAA